AUGGAGGAAAUAGAGCACAGUACGGUGAGUACCAAUGGAAUAAAUAUGCACGUGGCAUCAAUUGGGUCAGGCCCAGUGGUUCUCUUCCUCCACGGCUUCCCGGAGCUAUGGUACACGUGGCGCCACCAGCUACUGUCGCUCUCCGCCGUGGGCUACCGCGCCAUCGCCCCCGACCUCCGCGGCUACGGCGACACCGACGCCCCGCCCUCCGCGUCCUCUUACUCCGCCCUCCACAUCGUGGCGGACCUCGUUGGGCUUCUCGAUGCUCUGGGCAUCGACCAAGUGUUUUUGGUGGGUCAUGACUGGGGGGCUUCCAUAGCUUGGUAUUUCUGCUUGUUGAGACCCGAUCGUGUGAAAGCCCUAGUAAACAUGAGUGUCGUAUUCCGCCCCAGGAACCCUAAACGAAAGCCUAUUCAGAGCUUAAGGGCCAUGAUGGGCGAUGAUUACUAUAUCUGCAGGUUUCAGAAACCUGGGGAGGUUGAAGAGGAAUUUGCUCGUGCUGGUGCUGCGAGGAUAAUAAAGACAUUUCUUGCAUCUCGUGAUCCACGUCCACCUAUUGUUCCUAAGGAAAUAGGAUUUGGAGGUUCACCUAAUCUUCAUGUUGCUCUGCCAUCGUGGCUGUCUGAAGAAGAUGUCAAUUAUUAUGCCAGCAAAUUUGAACAAAAAGGCUUCACUGGUGGACUGAACUACUAUCGCGCUAUGGAUCUAACCUGGGAGCUCACAGCGGCAUGGACUGGAGUACAGAUCAAGGUACCGGUCAAGUUUAUUGUGGGAGACCUCGACAUUACAUAUAACACUCCAGGUGUGAAGGAGUAUAUACAUAAUGGUGGCUUUAAGAGAGACGUACCAUUCUUGCAAGAAUUGGUUGUGAUGGAAGGGGUAGCCCACUUUAUAAAUCAGGAAAGGCCAGAAGAGAUCAGCGCGCAUAUAUGCGACUUCAUCAAGAAAUUUUAG